GUCGCAUUGGUAAUUCAGAAAUUUAUUUCAGACAAAUUAAAUUCAGUAGAAAAUUAUGUUUGUAACAGUACAAUUAACCAAAUAUGUUUUGCAAUAGAUGCUACAAUUUGUCUUACUCAUUAUAUUAGGAUAUUAUGUAGUUAUUGUGUGAUUGAAAAUAAUAUGAGUAAAACAAAAAUGUGAUCAAAAUAUUGUGAGAAAUAUUCUGCAAUUUGGAUAAUUUCGUAUCAACAUUUUUCUGAUAACUUGAGACAUCAUAACAAAAAAGUUGAUGACGAAGUGUAUUUGGUAAUUUAUUUUAGAGUGUUCAUUUCUAUGACAAAAUGACAACAGUGGCGUGAAUGAUGCUGUCUUGACACAACCGGAAUUGUUUGUUUUGUAACGAAUUUUGAUCAUAUUGCAUAUAUAGAUGCGCGAGAUUCAUAAAAAUGUCUUUAGAUCAGACUGUUUGUGAAGAUCUAAAAGCAUUUGAAAGGCGACUUACUGAAGUGAUUUCAUGCUUGCAACCAGCUACUUUACGGUGGAGAAUACUUCUGGGUUUUACUUCUGUUUGCACUGCAGUUGGUGCAUGGCACUGGUUGACAGAUCCUAAUACACCAGCUGUAUCAUUUACACAGAGUCUCUGUAAUCAUCCAUUCUUUGCAAUUGCCAGUGUUAUCUUAGUGAUAUUAUUUAUGAUGGGAGUCCACAGACGUGUAAUAGCACCAAGCAUUAUAACUCAAAGGGCUAGAAGCGUGCUUGGUGAUUUUAAUAUGAGCUGUGAUGAUACAGGAAAACUUAUUCUUAAACCAACAAGACCACCACAUCCACACGAAACUUAAAGAAAAAUGUAUAAAAUUUAGUUAAUUCCUAAAGUGUUCAUUUAUACCUGAAUUACUAUGCAGGGUGUCCAGUCCAUAAAGAAUGUAUAUAUGAAGUGAUUUUGAUACUGAAGUAGCACUAAAAAAAUCUUAUUUCUUGUGCUUAGCAUUUAAAAAUAUAAUGUUAUACUAUCUCACUGAUUGUUACGUGUUUAUAGCUGUACAUUUUAUGUAUAUUCACUUUUAACACUCUUUAAAAUUAAAUGAUGUGAAAAUAUCUACCAAA